CAACAAACAGUUAGCGUGAAAUGUGGGGCAGAAGACAGAAGAUCCUGAAAACGAUUCUUUGGAAAAGUUCACUGUAUGACGGCGUCCCGGCAAACCGAAGGAAGCAGAAGCUGUGAUGUCUGAUCCAGUUAAAGACAAAGAGAAAAAAGGAGGCAAACUAGCUGCUGACGGAACCAGAGAUGAGGAAGACACCGGUCAGAGGACCAUAACUUUGGAGAAUACCUACCAGCUAGGGCCUUUAAAACGCUUCCCCGUCGCCGCUGUCACACACAUACUGACCGAUGUACUGACCAGUCACCUCCAAGAGGAGAAGUAUGAACUCCAGCGCUCUCGGGAGCAGACACUGACUCUUUGUAAGAUCAUAAAAAGCCGUGUGAAGGAGCUUCUGAUCCCCAGAUAUAAAAUCGUGGUGUUGGUCCACAUUGGCCAGCUCACUGGGCAGAGCAUCCAAAUCAGCAGUCGCUGUCUGUGGGACGCCUCCAACGACAACUUUGCCUCGUACUCUUUCAAGAACAGCUCUCUAUUCUGCGUUGCAACCGUGUACGUUGUCUACUUUGAAUGACACACACGGGCCUGUGCAUUUGCCACAAACGGUGAUGAGUUUUCUGCCUUAAAUUACUUGUAUUUUACACGUGUGUUACUAUGCUAUAUACUACUAAGCUAUGUCAAUACAAAUUAAACAAAAGCUUUAAUCAGUUUGCCACUCCCGGGUCUGCCUAUUGUCUCCCUUUGUUGGAAACAGCUUCACAAUUCUUAGAAUCACAAAUUAAUCUAAACCUGGAAGUAUUUUUGCUCUGGUUGUAAUCUGCUGACUAUUGUCAGAAAAUAAAAGAAAAUUAAAAUGUG